AUGUCUUUAAUUUCACUCCCAGGACUGCAACAAUUGAGUGGCUGGUGGAUGGAAAAUCCUGGACAACUGGGGUCUACACAUCAUCAAUCAGCAAACAGAGUGACAACUCAUACAUGGGAAGCAGUUUCCUCACCAUGA